UUCUUCCUUUCUCUUUUAUUGUCUCUCAUUUUCAACUUUAAUUCUCUAACUAUACCUUCCCUCUCUUUUUGGGAUAGGUCUUUAAGAUCAACUAAUUAGGCUAAUUCCAUUGACUUAUUGGGAAUUAAGAUAAGGAGAAAUAAAUGGGAGAAAAAUGGGGGAUCCAAGUAGGAGUAGUAGGAGCAUUGUUUCUAUCAGUGGCAUCUUCUGUUUCAAUCGUUAUAUGCAAUAAAGCAUUGAUGAGCAAUCUUGGCUUUCCCUUUGCAACAACACUAACAAGUUGGCACUUGAUGGUAACAUUUUGUACACUACAUUUGGCUCAACGUCUCAAUUUUUUUGAGACAAAAUCAGUAGACAUGAAGACUGUUGUUCUUUUUGGCAUCCUUAAUGGAGUUUCCAUUGGACUUCUUAACUUGAGUCUUGGCUUUAAUUCCAUUGGUUUCUACCAGAUGACUAAGCUUGCCAUCAUUCCCUUCACUGUUCUUUUGGAAACUCUCUUCCUCAACAAACAUUUUAGUCGGAAGAUAAAGUUUUCUCUGUUCAUCUUGCUGGUGGGAGUUGGGAUUGCUUCAAUCACUGAUUUGCAGCUCAAUUUUGUUGGCACUGUUCUUUCUGCUCUUGCAAUCAUCACUACUUGUGUUGGACAAAUUCUGACAAACACCAUACAAAAAAGGCUAAAUGUAUCAUCUACACAAUUGCUGUAUCAAUCAGCUCCAUUCCAAGCAGCAGUUCUUUUUGUUUUUGGUCCUGUGGUUGACAAGUUCUUAACCAACCAAAAUGUCUUUGGCUUCAACUAUUCUCCCCUUGUUUUGGGAUUUAUAAUACUGUCGUGUUUGAUCGCGGUGUCGGUGAACUUCAGCACAUUUUUGGUAAUAGGGAAGACAUCACCAGUAACAUAUCAAGUUUUGGGACAUUUGAAGACAUGUUUAGUGCUUGGAUUUGGCUAUACAUUAUUACAUGACCCUUUUACUGAAAGAAACAUUAUUGGUAUUACUAUUGCUGUUUUUGGAAUGGGUCUUUACUCCUAUUUUUGUACCAAUGACAACAAAAAGAAAGGUUCAGUUCCAGGGGAACUAUCUACACCCUCUCAGAUAAAAGACAAGGAUGAAAGUUUACCACUAUCAUCGGGAAAGAAUUUGGGUCUCCAAGAUAUUGAAGGUCAUGAAAAGAUCAAAGCAGCCAAAAAUUCUCUUGUUUAGUAGUAAUAACUCAUUCUCUUUUAUUAAGGGUUUGAUUUUUUGCAAGGGGAUGAUUAAUAAUGUUAUUCUCUAAGAUUGGUUUUCAUUUGUUCAUAAUUUUGGUGUUUUUAUAAUGAGUUUCACAAAGCCUUUCCAACAAAAUAUGCAAUCUUAGCCUCACAAUCAAGAAAUAUGAAUGAUCUAUAUUUCGAUAAUUUUGGAUUAGCUUAGUGAUUCAGGGUUUUCUUUUUUAUUCUUGUGAUAUGAAAUCAAUUUUCAAUUUUCACUACUUACAAGAAGGAAUGAUUUACUUGGGAGUUUUGUUACUUGUACCGGUGAUUUCAUAAACACUCUUUUCUUAUAUUCUUAUAUUGUGCUCAAUUAGAAUAAAGGUGAAUCCAACAAACUUGUACUUUAGAGGUGAUCAAACACCGGGCCGGGCCGAGUGAGAAAAAACUGCCCCUUGAUGCGGGCCGGGCUGGGCCAAAGUGCGGGCC